GAUGAUUUGCAGUCAUUGUACAAAUGGAUUUAAUGUGUCACCAGUGCCGAAUAUCGUUUUUCGUGAACCGAAAGCUUUGAAUAAUUCGAAUAGUUACUUUGGAUAUUCGGUGAACCUAAAAGCCAAUGGCGUUCUGAUUGGUGCUCCACGAGCUCAAUUCAAUUCCCCGAAUGGACAAUUUGAAUCCGGUGCCGUUUACAAAUGUGAUUUGAAUAAGACUUCAAAAGGAGAUUGCCAACUUUUCAAUGGUUUGGAAAAUAUAGAAAAUUUAAAUGGUUCGUGGCUUGGAAUGUCAAUGGAUAGUGGCGCACGUGAUAAUGAAGCGUUUGUGGUUUGUGCACCGCGAUUUACCACACCGUGUGAAGAACGCAUUAAAAGAGAUAUUGAAAUCUUUAGGAAACAUGGGGAGACGUAUGAGUAUAAAAAAAAACCAUACGGUACAUAUGACAAAGCGAUACAUGGCAAUUGUUAUUGGGGAAAUGAACAAAAACAUGAAAUGAAACUCGUCUUUAACUUCACAAUGAAGCAGUUAUUAGAUGACUCAGAUAUACAAGUAGGCAAAAAUGAAAAACCAUUCAAGUAUUAUGAUGGAGAGCAUGGUUUCAGUGUUCACAUCACCGAUAACAACAAAGAAAUUCUGAUGGGUGUACCUGGUUCAGCAUAUUCCAGAGGUUUGGUAAUUCGAAAGAAAAUCAACACACUUCGAACAACAAGUCAGCUUAUUGACUCUGAAGUGCCUAACCCACGAUUUUGGGAUGACGGCAGUAAGAGAACAGUAAACACAUAUUUCGGUUUUUCCAUUUCGUCUGGUUAUUUUGAUGGCCCCAGAAAAUCCAAACUACUUUAUGUGGCUGGUGCACCAAGGGAUAUUGAUGAAACUGGAGCAAAUAAUGGGGCUGUAUACAUUUUUGAUUUUCAAACACAUUAUAUAAAUUGGCAAAUGGAAACCGUAAUGAAAAAGCAUUACACAUUUAAUGGUGAAUGGUUGGGUGAAUAUUUUGGCUAUAGCGUGCUGGUGGAGGAUUUUGACAACGAUGGUCUCAUGGACAUUGCCAUUGGUGCACCAUACCGAUCCUCCGGUGCUGUGUACAUUUACAAAAAUCGCAAAACGAUCGAUUCUUUGAAUUUCAAAUUGCACUGUAUUUUACAUACAACCGAAAAAGGUUAUUAUCGGGACAAAAUGUUCGGGGCAGCUUUGAUGAAAGUUGGCGAUAUCAAUCAAGACGGAUACAAUGAUCUAAUAGUUUCGGCGCCUUUUGAAGGUAAUGGAGCCAUCUAUAUUUACCACGGCAGUUCAGAUGGUCUUUUGGACAAACCUGCCCAGAAAAUCCAUGCACCCAGCAACGCAGUCAAGUUAGAUCAAAUGUUUGGUUAUGGAUUAUCGAAAGGAGUCGACUUGGAUGGAAAUAAUUAUGUAGAUUUUGCGGUCGGAGCUCCUAAUGCUGGAGCUGUUUAUAUUUAUAAAACAUAUCCAGUGAUUCGAAUUGAUGGCAGCAUCAAACCUAUCGAUGAAAAAAUACCAAUUAGUGCCAAGACAUUCGAUCUCAGCGCAUGCUUUCGUUAUAAAUCAAAUCACAAGAUCGAAUUUGACGCUCAAUUACGUGUCGUCGUCAAAUUAAUUGACAAAUUCACUCGUGCACAUUUUCAAAUUGAUGGAUGCAAUGAAGAGGCGUGCGAAUUGAAUGUCACUUUGGCACCAAAUGCGAGUUCAAAGUGUAUUUCACUUAAAGCGUCUGUAAUAUUCCAAACCAAUUACAUAUACGAACCGAUUCAUAUGGAACUUAAUCACAGCGUGAUUAAUGCUAUUCCAAAAUACGAUGCUACUAUGGACAACUCAGAGUUUUGCGAAACGUGCGUGGCUCUUGAUCCUAAAAGUGUAAGAAACGCAUCGAAUGUAAUAAAAUUCGAUCCUGGAUGCAAGCAUGAGCACUGUGUAACGGAUUUGCGAGUAACAAGUGCAUUGAGCUAUAAUGCAACGAAGUGCAGUGGACGGCCAUCGUUCAAACGCGGUGAUUCUUCUUUGACAAUCAACUACACGGUUGAAAAUCAUGGUGAAUCCGCUUAU